AUGCUCAACGCCGAGCGCACGAUGCGAAUGGAAGGCGCGAAGGUGGAGGUGAGGGUGACCGUGGAGCCGGUGGAUCUGAUGCGAGACCCGACGCCGCCGGGGACGCCCGUCGUCGGCGGCGUCGCGUCGCGACGCGGCGGCGUCGAGCCGGGCGCGGGCGCGCCGGAGUACGACGUCGAUCCCUACGGCGACAAAGCCGCUGCCGCGCAGAACGAGGCGAACCGUCACGAGGACGUCGCCGGGGUGCCUCGCAGGGCGUGGCGAGAAGUCCGGCACGUAGGCGCGGGGCAGAGAGGAGACGCGUACCAACCCGGGGAUGGGCUCGUGUUGUGCAUGGACGCGGCGAGGUUCUUGCCCCCUAACGUCACGAUCACGCGCAUCGUCGGGCGGGUCAUCUCCGCCGCCGGGGAGCCUCUCGCGCCGGAGUUCAUCGCGCACGCGAAGACGGAUUCUUUAUCGUUCUCGCCGCGGUUUCACGCGCGGCAGCGGUUCGCGACUGGGCGGUGGAACAACGCGACGGCGACGGCGCUCUUACAAAUCGAGACGAUCGAAAAGGGGACGUCGCAGCAACGGACCGUGGGGUACGUCGUGUUUCCGUUCUUCGUGGAUCCGGAGACGGGGGAGCCGCCCAAGUCCACGGGCGCGAAGGGGUACUCGUUGAAAGAGGGCGGGUUUCAAGUCCCGAUCUACGCCGCGAACGACGGCAGCGGGAGCGGGUUCAACCUCAAGGAUUUGCUCUCGCGUCCGAAAAUUCCGUGCGCGUCGAUGCUCAUCCGAUCGCUCGUCGCGACGAGGGCGGACUCGCCCGCGAACAAAGCCGUUCCCGCCUACGAGGACGGCGCGUACGACAGCGGCGCGGUCGUCCCGACCGCGGUGGAACGCCGCCUGUACGCGCACCGGCUCGCGUCUCCCGGUCCCGCGGUGCGCGAGGUUAUGCUCGAGCUCGCGCGCGCGACGUUUGAACCGAAAGUCUUAUCCGGCAUGUCCGAGGCGGAUCUCGAGCGGUGGAUGGCGAAGCGCCUCGAGCGCCCGCAGUUUGCGAACGACCGCCCGCUGAACUACCGCCGAAGCGAUCCGUACGCCCCGGAGCUCGGGUUUCACGUCGCCGUGGACGCCGCGGCGAGGCUGUCGAAGCAAGCCUUCCACGUCGCGGUGCAGUCGCUUUACCCUCCGGGGACGUUUUACGCGUCCAAAGCCUCGGACGACGUCAUGUUCACGCAACAACCCGAGGUGUCGUCGUCGCUCGUCGCGCCGAGGUGGAAGGAUGGGUUCCAGUCCAGGCAGCACGUGAUUUACGAGCAAAAUCUCGCGGUGAUCAUCGACGUCCGCGCGUUGAGCGGGCGAAGCGCCACAUCUGUCGGGUGGGCGGUGCUUCCCGUGUUCGAGCCCGGGACGGAGUUCAUCGCUUCCGGGUCGUACCAGCUCCCGCUGUUCCACGGCUCGGUGCAGCUGCCGCUCUUGCAGGACCUCGUGAAGGGCCAGGAGAAGGGGAUGUCCGUGGAGGACGUCGUCGAGGGGUGGAUCGAGAACAAAAAAGUCAAGUACACCGUGGACAAGUCGAGCGUGCUCGUUCGUCUGCUCGAGGACCAACGUCUCGGCAUGCUUCCCGAACCCGCGGCCGCGGGGAUGCCCGGGGUCAUGUUCCCGCCGUACGUCGGCGAGAAGCUCGAGCCCGCGUUCCUUAAGAAGUCCGCGGGGAAGCCGUACGCGAAGACGAUCCCGAGAGGCGUCCUCGCCGAGGAUUGGAUCACGGAGAACAACGCGCUGCUGGCGGCGUCGAUGGGUCUGCCGUUCGUCCGCGCCGGCGGCGGCGGCGCGGUGGGACGCGUCGGGACCGCGGCGACGCGGAGCACGGAGUACACGGACGGAUCGUACUCGGAGACGGACUCGGAGUACACGCGCUAG